AUGCACAUGGCACCGCGGGACUCCCGAGAUGAAGAUCUCAUGAUCCAAAUGAUUUCUACGGCAGACCCAGCGCCACCGGCCGAUGAUCCCCUAGAUGAUGUUUUCGGGUCAGACGCUGGUUCCCCCGCAUUCGAGUCGGAGGACCGUCCGGAGGCCAGAGAGUCACACCCAUCGGAUGUACGACGACUGCAAACGGAACACGCCACUUCCGGGUAUCGCGAAGGCAUUGCUGCAGCCAAAGCUAAGAGCAUCCAGGCGGGGUUCGAUGAAGGCUUUAGCCUGGGAGCCAAUGUUGGUCUGAAGGCAGGGCAGGUGAUAGGUUUCCUGGAGGGGAUAACCGAUGCCUUGCGCGCCGGCAACGACGAUGACUUCUUGCAUGCCCAACAAUUGCUUGAAGAUGCUCGAAAGGACCUGAGCACGGAGGGGAUCUUCAACGAGAGAUAUUGGGAAACCGAUGGCACGUGGAAAUAUGAACUUCAAGCCCACCGGCCAGAAAGCGACAUUCUCUUCGAAGACGUGGCAGCCGCCCACCCAUUGAUCGUAAAGUGGAAUGGUAUCAUUGAUAUUCAACUUGCCAAGUGGGCUAUUCAUCGCCAAAUUCUAGAUCUUAUUCCGGAAACACAUACGCCUGCUGUAUUGGAGAAAAAAGAGGUCAAGAUUGAACAGCAGCCACGGGAGAAAUUGGACUGGUGA